AUGGUUGCCGAAGAUAAUAUUGGCGGUACCUAUGGAAAUACGGUGAACCGCGUCGGAGGUUUGGUCGCUGGAACGGUGGUGCCAUCCAUAUUUAGCUUCUUCGUGUGCGCAGUGGUGGAUGACGACGUGUACAAUACGCUGAGCAACAUUGUAUUGUUCGUGUGGACUGUUGGGUCCAUGUACGUAUGGUUUAGUGGCCGAUAUAUGGCACUGGCUGGAAUGACUCUCACUCAGAAUGCCCUAGGUAUUCUCAUCCUGAUGGUUGUGGAACUUGUGAUUUACCCUCGCAGCUCGCGCGGCCUACUUCGUAGUAACAUCCAGCAAUUAUUGAUGCAGUACCGCCGAGUGUUUCGUGACGUAUUUCGUCACCACAUUGCGUACAACCGUCCAACACGCAUUUCCACAGGACCUCUCACUGAAGAAGACAUCGAGACAGCUAAUGCUCUGCUAAGUCGCACUCAGAUUAAGGCGUUGAAAUUUCAGAUGAAGACCGUAAUCCCUGAGCUGUUGAAGACUCAAGCGAACCUCCUAGAUGGCUCUACCAUGGAGCCAACCUUGUGGAAGCCGCCGUUCUCUACAUCGAAGUACACAAAAGUUUUAGCCGUUUGCCGCGAACUUCUCGAUCGAAUAGAUGUUUUUGUGGACCUCAUUGACUGGCACGAAAAUCGUCGAAGCAGCGGAAAAGACAAGCUUUUGCGACGUUGGCAUCAGAGUCGGAUCGACGCUGAAUGCACUGCAGCAUUUACUGCAGCAAAGGAACCUCCCUCUUCGACUUCAGCAGCCGUCGCAGAAAUGGUGGGUGAGGAAAGGUUUCAAACUGGAAACUCUUUGUCACCACAGUCUCCAUCCUCACCGCUGCCCAACGUAACUACGACAUCGCCUGCUGUGGCAAAAAUCAAGUGGGACCAGAGUUUGGCAAUCGUAGAGGUUGGUAUUGUCGAAGCCUUUGAUACACUAGCGACUUUGUUCGGAGUAGAGUUUUCAGGCUCAAAUGCAGAAGAUCACGCGAUCUACUUGCAGAUGAAGGAAGCCUUUCGUAUCGCCGAAGUGCACCGUCACGGUGUUGUAGAUGUCUCGGAGCUUAGUCUUUUGCUGGAAAAGCUCAUGCCGUACGCUGGUAGCCAAGGCAUCGGAGGAAUGGAACAGUAUGUGGACGAAUUCAUGCAGCUGGUGGACAAGGACAACGACGGCAAAAUUUCGUUCAGCGAGUUCAUGCAGGCGCUAAACGAAGGUUUUAGACUGGAGCUCGAGAUCUACGAUGAUCAACCGCAAGUUCCGAUAUCGGACGUGGUGACGCCCAAUGGAGCACAACCUACUCCUUCCAGUGGCAUUUGCUUGCUUCAUAGAAGCACACUUCGACGCAACUCUAUCCAAUCCAUGCAGGCAGACGAAUCUGAAGAUCCUUCAACUCCUGGCAGACAAAAGCACGUUACUAUUGUUGCUCCGUCACCUCGAUCCCAUCGAUCAUCCAAUUUCGUCGACAUGGCAGCCUACCAGAUGUCAAAUCUCACAUCUACCCUUUCCGAGGAUACGAGGCCAAUGAUGAACCCCAGCCGACGAUAUCUCUUCCGUGGUAUGUCAUCAGCUAGCGAAAGUUCCGCCCCUGAAGCUUUGCUCAAUGUCGAGGCUUUCACACUGACAGAAGCUGCGAUGGCUUUAAAAGAGAGUUAUGGUGAGUGUUUACUGGGAUACGUAGACGACCACAGCAAACGCGUAACGAUGGAGGAUUUCAAUCUUAUGAGCUGCGUCAUCAGUGCUUGUGAAAAUAUCGCCGAGAAUUUGACACGUUUGAACACACUGGCGGCUUCAUAG